AUGAUUACCUAUAACGUGAGCAGUUACAACCCAGGGCCCUUCCUUUUGGUGGGGAUCCCAGGCUUGGAGCAAUUCCAUGUGUGGAUUGGCAUUCCCUUCUGUGUGAUCUACGUCAUAGCUAUGACGGGAAACUGUGUCCUUCUCUACCUCAUCGUAGCGGAGCGGAGCCUUCACGAGCCCAUGUUUUUUUUCCUGUCCAUGCUGGCAUUGACCGAUCUCAUCUUGUCCACAGCUGGUGUGCCUAAAACACUCAGCAUCUUCUGGAUGGGGGCUCGAGAAAUCACGUUCCCAGGCUGCCUCACCCAAAUGUUCUUCCUCCACUACAGCUUUGUCCUGGACUCAGCCAUUCUAAUGGCCAUGGCCUUUGAUCGCUACGUGGCCAUCUGCUCACCCUUGAGAUAUGCUACCGUCUUGACCCCCAAGACUAUUAUCAAGAUUGCUGUGGGCAUCUCCUUUCGAAGUUUCUGUAUCAUCUUGCCAGAUGUAUUCUUGUUGACACGUUUACCUUUCUGUAGGACACGCAUCAUACCUCACACCUACUGUGAGCACAUAGGUGUUGCCCGGCUUGCAUGUGCAGAUAUCUCCAUCAACAUCUGGUAUGGAUUUUGUGUCCCCAUCAUGACAGUCAUCUCAGAUGUGGUCCUCAUUGCUGUGUCUUACACCCUCAUCCUAUGUGCCGUUUUUCGCCUCCCCUCCAGAGAUGCACGCCAGAAAGCCCUGGGCACCUGUGGUUCCCAUGUCUGUGUCAUCCUCAUGUUUUACAUACCUGCCUUUUUCUCCAUCCUUGCUCAUCGCUUUGGACACAAUGUGUCCCUCACGUUCCACAUCAUGUUCGCCAAUCUCUACAUUGUUAUUCCACCAGCAAUGAACCCUAUUGUCUACGGAGUGAAAACCAAGCAGAUCAGAGAUAAGGUCAUCCUUUUAUUCUCUGUCAAGAGCACAGAAGGUUGA